AUGCCCUCAAAAACUGCGAUUCUAACCGAUAAUGCGCCACCUCCUCUCCCCGGGAUUUAUUCGCAGGCCAUUGUUGCCAACGGCUUUGUCUACAGCUCUGGGUGUGUGCCCAUGGACGCGAAAACAGGCGAAAUCGUGAACGGAGAUAUCAAAGUGCAUACCCAUCAAUGCAUAAAGAAUAUAUCGCAUAUUCUGGAGGCCGCUGGGUCAGACAUAACAAAGGUCGUCAAGGUUAAUGUUUUCCUGUCUAACAUGGAUGAUUUCGCGGAGAUGAAUUCGGUCUACACACUUUAUUGGGGUGAUAUCAAGCCUUCACGGACGUGUGUGGCCGUGAAAACAUUGCCGCUGAAUACUGAUGUGGAGAUUGAAUGUGUCGCUGUCUUGUAA